AGAUGAUGAAGAAGAGGAACGCUCCCAUACUUCGAUACAACAGGUGGCGCUGCUGCCUUGAAAUGGUCAACGAGUAACGUGCUUUUCACUCCCGAGGAAGAAUUUUGUAGAGGAAAGAUGGGGACACGCUUGAAGGUGCUUCGAACGUUUAAAGCUCUACAUCGAACACGGAUGACUGUGUUUAAAGAUGAUGACCGGGCUUUGACAGCUGCCAGAUUAAAGAUCAAUGAAGAAUUUAAGAAAAACAAAAAUGAAACAUCAGAAGAAAAUAUACAGCAGAUGAUUAAGAUGAGCAGAUCUGUUGAGACAAUCCUGCGGGAAAAUGUCCUACAAGCGGAGCAUGUUGGAGAAAAUAAGAUUGUUCUGCGACCUCGGGAGAGUCUUUUUUUAGAAAACGUACCUUACAGUGACACACCAAGAAAAAAAGCGUAACACGCAUGGAUUUACAGAUCCCUUCUUCUUUGCUGGACUAAUAAUUUUCUCCAUAAAUCAUUUAAUCACAUGCCUAAUAAUAUGCCUCUCAGAACACAGAGGACAACAUCCAUGGAUCCUGAAGAACAAGCAUCUGUAGUUUAAAAUUUUUUGGAAAUGAUAAAAGUUUAUUUUAAAUUGUGGUAAUAUUAAAAAUCAUUUUCAUAACUAAAUCCUCCUCUGAAAUUGCUCUCAAACAAUUGCUUUAAAUUGUGCUCUGUUUUUCAUGCCUCUAUGUGUGACUUAGUUUUAACCUAAAAUGAGGUGUUAACUACAUUUCCUCUUUUGACGCUUUUUAAAUGUAGGAAAACAUUUACAAAAUAUGCUAUAUUAUAUCCUAGACUGGGUAUCUCCUUACCAUUCAAUAUGCAAACCCAUUUCUGUGAAAGACUGUAGAAGGAUUCUUUUUUCAACUCAAAGCUUGUGUGUAAUGUGGAAAUUUGAGAUUUCUAUGAUCUUUGACAGACCGAAUUAAGAUGAAUUUUUCGUUAUUUAACAGUAUGAAUUUACAUACAGUGAUUUAUCUAAUAUCACACCAAAUGAUAAUUUAUCCUUCUGAAUAAAUACAAUCUGUUAGCAAACAUCUGAGACAAAUAGCAUUUUAUUUUUGGAGUACAAUUUUUAUUUAACAGAAUGUGUGAAAAUAUAGUGACAGUGUACCUCCCAAACUGGCUGAUUAAUAUCUAUUUGUAAAUAUUUUUGUUUUCUGUUCUUGUAAGUUUUAAGUGUUGUGUUUAUCUUUGUGAAAUUUAUGCCUGGUGUAAAAUAGAUUUUCCAAAACCAGCAGUGCUCAUGUCUGAAACAAUGUCCUCGUAUUCUGUAUGUAUGCUGAAUAAAACUGGAAUGGUCUGUUUCAGAAA